CGCACCGAUACACGCGUCGCGCAUCGAGCGCUCCGCCGCGCGCGCCCGUGCAUGAGCGGCGCCCGCGCGACCGCUGGAGCCGCCGCGCACGCCGCGCUCGCGCUCGCCGGCCGUGGAGCGCGCGCCGUGGGCCCCGGGCGGCGCGGGCAUGCGCUUCGAGGGCGCCGAGCGGCGCGACGCCGUGGCCUUCCACCCGCUGCUGGCGCCGCGCCCCAGCGACUUCUCGGUGUCUGCGCUGCUGACGGCGGGCGCGCUGCCGCCACCGCCGUACCUGCCCGCGGCGCUGGCGGCCGCCGCCGCGCUGUCCGCGCCCUGCCCGCUGCUGAAGCCGCCGCCGCCACCCUACGCGCCGCUGCCGCCCGACGACGACGGCGUCCUCGACGACCCCAAGGUCACCCUCGAGGGCAAGGACCUCUGGGAGAAGUUCCACAAGCUGGGCACCGAGAUGGUGAUCACCAAGAGUGGCAGACAAAUGUUCCCACAAAUGAAGUUUCGCGUGUCCGGACUGGACGCGAAAGCGAAAUACAUCCUCCUGCUCGACAUCGUCGCAGCUGACGACUACAGAUAUAAGUUCCACAACAGACGUAUGUUUCCUGCCUACAAAGUUCGCGUUUCUGGUCUUGAUAAAAAAGCAAAAUACAUUUUGCUAAUGGACAUCGUAGCUGCCGACGAUUGCAGAUACAAAUUCCACAACAGCCGAUGGAUGGUGGCGGGCAAGGCGGAUCCCGAGAUGCCUAAGAGGAUGUACAUCCACCCCGACUCCCCCUCCACCGGCGAGCAGUGGAUGCAGAAAGUUGUCUCCUUCCACAAACUGAAGUUGACGAACAACAUCAGCGAUAAACAUGGAUUCGAGCUCAUCUAUAACCAAAGUCAACGGAUGUUGUCAAAGUUGCUGUGGCCCAAUCCAGUGCCUAGUGCGCCAAGAGAUCCCCACUCAGACCAUUUGACGAUCCUGAACUCGAUGCACAAGUACCAGCCGCGGUUCCACCUCGUGCGCGCCAACGACAUCCUCAAGCUGCCUUACUCCACCUUCCGCACCUACGUCUUUAAAGAGACGGAGUUCAUUGCAGUCACCGCAUACCAGAAUGAAAAGAUAACGCAGUUAAAGAUAGACAACAACCCAUUCGCGAAAGGCUUCCGAGACACGGGAGCAGGGAAGAGAGAAAAGAAUCUGUCGGUGUACCGCAGGCAGGCGUUGCUGACGGCGCGGGCCGACGCGCGGGACGAGGACGACGAGCGGCCGCUGGACGUCGGCGGCCCCGCCAGCCCGCCGCCGCAACCCUCCGCCACCCAGCACACUAACAGCUCGUGGUUCAGCUCAGGCGGUGGCGGGGACUCAGGCGCGGAGGAAGCGGGCUCCGACUCGUCGUGCUCGGUCCACAACGCCGUCGAGCUAGCUGUGGCGCUGCGUAAUCGCUGCGAUUAUCUCGCACGUGUGAACGACUCUUACUUCGCAGUUCUUGGGACUGUAUUAUCAUGA